AUGAAGCCGAUUUCGCAGAUUAGUUCGGUCUUGCUCUGGCUCUCAGUAGCUCUGAGCCCUGCAUAUUCCAAAGCCAUACCGUACAAGUCAGUAAGAAAGCCGACCAAGACAAUCUACAUUACUAAUCAGAUCAGUGGAAGUCCUCAAUCCGACCUACUCACUAGCCGACAAGACGUUCAGCUGCCUCAGGCAUGUUGGUCUAGCUGUGAGCUAUCAAGUGGGUGUGGCCGAGGUGUCUGCAGCGUUGGCUCUCUGGCAGCCAAGUUAAGCUUUGCUAGGGGCGUGAUUGCCAACGCCUCUGUCGAGAACUUCGAUGUUGAUAAGAAGCCUCUGCACAAGAGAACGUUCCGAUAUAGCGCAGACCAGAGAGACCUACCUGUUAAGAAAACCCCACUAAAGAAUAAUCAACCAGUUAUUUCCAAAAAACCAUGUUUGGAUGGCGAGUCUUUUGAGGAGCGGGUAAUCGAUUUCAUCAAGGGAAGGCCUGUGGAAAAUCCCUCUCCCUCGCCUAUCCUGAGGAACAAACCAGAUCGGCUGAACAAUGAAAAGACAAGUAACGACCUCAAAGUCUACGUCGCACCGACCGGUCCUGGCGUGGACCCAGAAGUGUUCAAAUCAGAGAGAGGACAGCGAACCACGUUACAUUAUUUGGCCCCAACAGUAGACAAUGCAAUGAACAACAAGGAUUACCCACUAAAAUACCCCAACCAUGUGGAUAGUAUAGUAAGGGCCAUCAAAGAUCAACUGGGAGGCAAGAUGCCGGGUCUCAAACCACAUAAAUACGUUCCACUAAACCCCGACAACAACACAGGGGAUGCGAAGAAGAUGUUUGAGACGACCCGAGGGACUGCGCUGUUUCAAUACGACUCUGACAGCGAUGGAAAAGGCAAAAGAGCAUGGCGUUUAUGGCUUGAGGACGAUUUUGUUGCUGUGAAUCUGUAG